GACAAAGAAAAAGGUCCCAAAAAUAAAUUCUUAAAUGUCUGUAGGUAGCACAAAAAAUGAUCCGCAGCUGUUAACCGUCUUGUUACAAAGAUGGGCAACAAAUCAUGACCGCUGUCUCUAGCAAGAAACGCCGAUCGUGUGAAAUCUGCAUAAAUUGUCGUUCGGCACGCAAGCAUUGUGACAAGAACCGCCCAUGUCAGGCUUGCCAUGAAAGCAACAAGCGAUGUUUGUAUGCCACCCAGUUUCCCUAUACUCAUCUCCCCCCAGAGAAACAAGCCGAGAUGCUGGACCGUCUGCUCGCUGAUGCUCACGGACGCUGGGAGCUUCUUAAAACCUACAUCGAUCGUCGCCACUUUGGAAGUACUGGCUGGCCAGUCACGAAGUCACCACCCAAGCAAUUGACGUCGCGGGAAUUACCUUUGGACGUUCCGUCUGAACAUACGGUGCAGCGAUCCGCGCCACCUUGGGCUGCCAACAUGUCAUGCUUACUUCACCCCGGGAUAGUUCACGAAAAGAUGUAUAAAGCGAAUUUUGAUCGUAACCCUCAGAUGCUCCACUGGAUGCAUCACAGUCAUUCCGAAACGGCUCGAUCCGCCCAGCAACCUCUCCGUUCAGAAAAUCUUGCCGUCUCUUACGAAAUCGCACGGGCCAUGAUAUCAUCCGAUGAGUUGGAUAAGUUGAUUUGCCUAUACAACGAUUGCUUUUCGUUCUCUGCAUUGCCAGAAUUCCUAUCUUCACAGCCGCAUGUAUACAAUGAAGACGGCCGAUUCCUCGUGGAUUCGGUACUCACGCUCAUGCUGACUCACGUUGUCAAUUUGCACGCUGUGCAAAUGCCGACGUAUCAUCAACUAGCCGCUGUCUUUUAUCGCCACACCAUUUCACUGCGCGACCAAAGAUUGGCCGUCAACCCCGAUAUUCUAUGCCUUCAUGUGACGUAUAACCUGAUGCUCUAUGAAGCCGAGAAUGGAUACGUGAAGGAAGCUGCGGCGUCAAGGCAAUUGAUGACGGGCAUGAUGAAUCAUCUGCACACAAUCUAUCACACAAUGUCGGUAUGGCAGCAAAAUCUUCAAAGGCACCUUUUCUGGGCGAUCUUGACAACCGACGUCACAGCCCAUCGCUUGGUUAUGGAGCCACGGAUUUUGCAAUCACCGUAUAUGUUUAUUGGCAAACAACGUCCUUCACCGUAUUCUUUGCAUGUAGUGGAUAGGCUCAAGGAAGAAUAUAUCUACUUUCGAUGCAAACUCGCCACCGUCUUGUAUCGCAUCUAUUGCACCUGUUAUCAGCAACAAGAGUCGACUGUCCAUGGCUCAGAGAUUAAAGAGCUUGAAGAUAAUCUGUGGACAAUUUACGAUAAAUUACCGUGGUGGAUCAAAAGUCAGGAACAGUUGUCGGACGUCGAUCUUGAAAAUAAGCUAGGGUAUGAAGGAUUGGGCACAGAUGGAUCCAUUCAUCCUUUUUGCAAACAGCUUUUGAGGAACGUGUGGAUGCGACGAUUACGAUACCACUUUCUCGUCGAAUGGCAUGGUGCUUGGUUGUAUCUAUUUCUCGUUUUUCUCCCUCGGUCGGGCGAUAUCGUUCAGCUACCGUUUAUUCGAUGCCUGGAGCAUGCCAAAUGUGUGGUGGAUAUCCUCUCAGAGUGGGCCAAAGACCGCGAUUAUUUCGACUGUUACUGCUAUCCUGCAUUGCGAUCGAUCCUCAUGACUUUCCAUGUCCAGCAAUACUUUCUUGCAUCAGACUAUGCCGACAUACGGGACAAGGGGCAUGCGUUAAUGACUCAGCUGUUGUCCGUGCUUGAAAGAUCCACCAUGUACUCGCUGUAUAAGAGCAGCGCUUUUAUUCAUACCAUGCAUCUACAUGCUACUCAACGUCACUUUUAAUCAUAUUAUAUGUUUUUCUUGUCAAUUCAAUGAUACCGUUUGUCCAGCAGGCAUCCAUGUGUUUUGUCUAUCCAAUAAAACGUGGGUAUAACAAACCAAAGUAAAAACCAACGGCUACUCGAAAAGCUUGACCAAUAAGCCCGACGAAUAAGUUUUAGUUGCUGUCUGCAAAGAGCAGUAUCCUCUACCAAUGCUGGCGGCUACAUCAUUACCACUGUCACCUUUUGCUCAUGGCUUAGAAAACGCUUAUCACCAAACCAGCAAAAGAUUAAGGAUAAGAAUAAAAUGG